AUGGCAGCAUUGGCCAGGGUCAUCUACGUCGGCAGGAGGAGCCUGAGCCGUCGCUUGCAGACCGCCGCGGCAGCGGCGGCGGCGUCUUCAUCUCUUUCUAUUGCGCCAUCGGAGUCUUCAGAUCGUCGCUCGCUGCCGCCGCUACUGACGAAGUUGCUGAGGGAGCCGGAGUCGAGCGUGAAGAUGGUGCUGGAUUCGGACGAAGAAUCGAGGGGAUUGCCGGCGAUUUGCAGCGGUGAUGCUCCGUUCUGGGAGCAACUCCUCGUCUCCCUCCGGCCUUCUUCCCCCAGGAAGUCCUAUCUGGUUGCUAAAAUCCUCACUAUCAUUCUCUCGUCUAAAGACCUGACCACGAUCUGUUCGACGUCGACCUGAUCCGGAGUUGUCGAGUAUCCGUCACCAGUUUAUAUUGCUCGCCGAAUUCUCAUGUUCUAGCACCGAUCGGAUUGACGAUUAAUCCAUCCCCGGUUUUUGUAAAUAAUGCGUUCGAUAAAUCAGUUGUCCCUUCAUUAAUCUUCUGCAGCUUUUCGAUUGAUUUCUGUUGAUCCCAUUUGAGAUCUUCUGAUUUCGGCGCUUCUUUUGGAGGUAUGCGGGACAGGUCUUGGAAUGGAAGCUGGAAAGACUUCUGGCAGGAGACGUGCGAGAGCACGUGAGCUUCUCGAAUCUGAUCUCCCUCUGCGCGAAACUGGAGAAUCUUCCGUUCGCUGUGAAGGUGUUCACGGCGAUGGAAUCCCGAGGAAUCCGACCAAACACGGCCGUCUUCAAUUCCCUGAUACUCGCCGCCCUGUCGUGUGGCAACGUGGUGAACGCCCUCAGCCUGUUCGAGAUAAUGCGGAUGAGAGAAGACUGCGACCCCGACCUCGGUACCUACAAUGCCUUGAUAGCCAUGUAUUCCAGAAGGGGCGAUGGCGAUGGCAUGCUGGGGUGGUAUGCGGCAGCGAAGUCCGCAGGGUUCUCUCCAGACCUCCACACCUACGAGGCCCUCAUCACCGGGUUCAUCAGGGCUGGCAGAUUUGAGGAUGCAGAUCGGUACUUCGAGGAGAUGGCGUCCUCCGGGAUCAUACCCAAUGUGGGCAUUCUAGAGUGUGUCCUCUCAGGUCUGUGCAGGAGGAAGAAACUCGCCGAAGCGAAGGAGUUCUGGAGGUUCCUGAUCGCCGGAGGAUGGGAGGUGGAGGAAGGGAUGGUGGAGAAGAUCCUGGCUCUGUAUGCCGAGCUCGGGAGGGUGGAAGAAAUGGAAGAACUGCUCGAGACUAUGCAACAUAAGCCAAGUUCUUCUAUUUUUCUGCCGCAAGUGCACUGUGGGGUGAUUCGAUUGUACGCAAGCUCAAACCGGCUGGAUGAUGUGGAGUACUCCGUGGGGAGGAUGCUGAAGAACGGGAUGCAACUCAAAUGUUCCAGGGACGUUGAGGCCAUCAUUUCUUGUUACUUCCGCUGUGAGGCCUACGAGAGGCUGGAUAUCUUCCUGGAGCGAGUCGGCAGCUCCUACAGGCUUUCCAAGGCAGCUUACGACCUUCUGGUUGCCGGGUACCGAAGGGUUGGCCUACAUGAAAAGCUGGAGCUGGUGAAGAAGGAGAUGAAGAACCGCGGGGUUGCCUGA